AUGGCUGUAGCAACGUCUUCGUCAAGCGUUAGUGAAUAUUUAUCACAUAAACAAUCGUCCUCUGAUAAGGCAAUAGCGGCUGAGUGGGCACAAUUAGAAGAAUAUUAUAAUAAAAAAUUAUGGCAUCAACUAACAUUGAAACUAGAACGAUUUGUAAAAAAUCCAGAGCUUUGCAAGGGGGAGAACUUAGUGCAAGUCUAUCAAAAUUUCAUAACCUCGUUUGAAAAUAAAAUCAACCCUCUAUCUCUAGUUGAGAUUUUGGCUAUAGUUUGGCAACAGAUAGCUGAUAAAAGAGAAGCUAUAAGUUUUCUUCAAAUUUUGAUAUCUUUCUAUAAAUAUAUGUUAACACAUUAUAAUAUAAUGAUCUUCAAUUGCAAUACUAAAUGUUGUAAUUUAUAAUAGGUGCUUCGUGGUCAAAUAGCAUUAGAACAUUUGGAAGAUUAUGUGACAACAAAGCAGAUAAUAACAUCAUUAAAAGAUACAUUAGAAGACUCGGGUAGUGUAACUUCAGUACAUGGACGAUAUUACCAAUUAGCCGCACAAUAUUAUAGAGUUCAAGCUCAGCAUGGAGAUUAUUAUAGAGCGGCAUUGCGAUAUCUAGGAUGCAUUGAUAUAAGCGAACUUUCUGCUGAAGAACAGCACAAACAGGCAUACUUUUUAGGGCUUGCUGCUCUUCUUGGAGAUGGUGUUUAUAAUCUAGGAGAAUUGUUGGCCCACCCAAUACUUCAAUCUCUUAAAGAUACAGAAAAUUCUUGGAUGAUUGAUCUUCUAAAUGCCUUUAACAGAGGAGAUAUUGCAGUAUAUGAAAACAUGCGCCCAAAAUGGACAAAAAUCACCGACUUGGUAGUAAAUGAAAUAGCACUCAGGCAGAAAAUUUCUCUUCUUUGUCUCAUGGAGAUGACUUUCAAGAGGGCUGCUAACAACAGGCAGCUUAAAUUUGAAGAUAUUGCCAUGGAAACUAGAUUACCUGUUGAUGAAGUAGAAUUUUUGGUCAUGAAAGCAUUAGCUCAAGGAUUAGUUAAAGGCGCUAUUGAUCAGGUUGCUGGUGUAGUGAAUAUGACAUGGGUUCAACCUCGAGUUUUAGAUAGAACACAAAUUGGAGGUAUGGCAAUGAAUUUGGAAAACUGGUGCACACAAGUAGAAGCUAUGGAAAAUCUAAUAGAAGUGAAGGCAUCUGAAAUAUUAACACUUUAAAUUUCUGAUUCCUAUAUUUCUGAAAAGUUUGCUUGAAAUUUUAUAUGUUUAGGCUUAUGUAUAAUUACAUUAUGAACAAUCAAUGUUUCCAUAUAUUAUUGCUUAUAAAAAUUUUAGACAUGUAUUUGUUCAAUAUUUUUAUAUUACAAUUGUAUUAAUUACACACAAAUAUAUA